CCCGCCCGCCGCCGCCGCCGCCAUGGGCUGCCUCGGCAACAGCAAGACCGAGGACCAGCGCAACGAGGAGAAGGCGCAGCGCGAGGCCAACAAGAAGAUCGAGAAACAGCUGCAGAAGGACAAGCAGGUCUACCGGGCCACGCACCGCCUGCUGCUGCUGGGUGCUGGAGAAUCUGGUAAAAGCACCAUUGUGAAGCAGAUGAGGAUCCUGCAUGUUAAUGGGUUUAAUGGAGAGGGCGGCGAAGAGGACCCGCAGGCUGCAAGGAGCAACAGCGAUGGUGAGAAGGCAACGAAGGUGCAGGACAUCAAAAACAACCUGAAGGAGGCCAUUGAAACCAUUGUGGCCGCCAUGAGCAACCUGGUCCCCCCUGUGGAGCUGGCCAACCCUGAGAACCAGUUCAGAGUGGACUACAUUCUGAGCGUGAUGAACGUGCCAGACUUCGAUUUCCCUCCUGAAUUCUACGAGCAUGCCAAAGCUCUCUGGGAGGAUGAAGGGGUGCGUGCCUGCUAUGAGCGCUCCAACGAGUACCAGCUCAUCGACUGCGCCCAGUACUUCCUGGACAAGAUCGAUGUCAUCAAGCAGGCCGACUACGUGCCAAGUGACCAGGAUCUGCUCCGCUGCCGUGUCCUGACUUCUGGAAUCUUUGAGACCAAAUUCCAGGUGGACAAGGUCAACUUCCACAUGUUUGAUGUGGGUGGCCAGCGUGACGAACGCCGCAAGUGGAUCCAAUGCUUCAAUGAUGUGACUGCCAUCAUCUUCGUGGUGGCCAGCAGCAGCUACAACAUGGUCAUUCGGGAGGACAACCAGACCAACCGUCUUCAGGAGGCUCUGAACCUCUUCAAGAGCAUCUGGAACAACAGAUGGCUGCGCACCAUCUCUGUGAUUCUGUUCCUCAACAAGCAAGACCUGCUCGCUGAGAAGGUCCUCGCUGGGAAAUCCAAGAUUGAGGACUACUUUCCAGAAUUUGCUCGCUACACUACUCCUGAGGAUGCUACUCCCGAGCCUGGUGAGGACCCUCGCGUGACCCGGGCCAAGUACUUCAUCCGCGAUGAAUUUCUGAGAAUCAGCACUGCCAGUGGAGACGGGCGCCACUACUGCUACCCCCACUUCACCUGCGCUGUGGACACCGAAAACAUUCGUCGCGUGUUCAACGAUUGCCGUGACAUCAUCCAGCGCAUGCACCUUCGUCAGUACGAGCUGCUGUGAGGAGGGAACCUUCAUUAAUUAAAGCCUUAAGCACAAUUAAUUAAAAGUGAAACAUAAUUCUGCAAGCAGUUAAUCACCCACCAUAGGGCAUGAUUAACAAAAGCAACCUUUCCUUCCCAUCGAGUGAUUUUGCGAAACCCCCUUUCCCCUUCAGCUUGCUUAAAUGUUACAAACUUAGAAAGCUUAAGGCGGCCUAUAGAAAAAGAAUACAAAAGGCCACAGAAGUUCCCUCUCACUUUCAAUAAAUAAAAUAAAAGCAGCAACAAAUAAAGAAAUAAAUGAAACAAAUGAAAUAAAUAUUGUUUUGUGCAGCAUUAAAAAAUCAUAAUAAAUAAAAAUUAAAUGUGGGCAAAAGAUGUGACUCUUGUGAAUUAUUUGCGGCUUCAUACAGACUCCAAUUGUCCAUGAUUUCAUCUUGGUCUUUGUUCACUGCAUCAGAGAGUUGGGAAGCCCCAGGCAGAGGUGACAAGGCCCCCGAGUUAUAAGUGGGUGUAAAAUCUUGCUGCCAUAUGCUUUUGUUGACCUGCUCUUUGGGUUUCUUUAAUACAGUUUGCAAAUAGGAGAAAUCUACUCCUUGCCCUUCUUCCCAGUCAUGUACUCCAGAGUUAAGCAUUAUGCCACCAUCAAAGAAUUCCAUGUUUUGGUAAUUGCUGCCCUGUCCAGUAACUCUUGUGUUGUCACACAAUGUGCCUGUUUGCCCAGUGUCCCCCCAAAGUAUAGUGCUGUGUGUUUUGCUCUCUGCCUGGGUGUGGACUCAAUUACGUGUCUAACUUUCAGAACACAGAGUUUCAAAUCAUGAGGGAAAGGGGGGUUAUUUAAGAAAUGGUGUUGAAACAACUCACUAACCAUUUGGGAAAAUGUUAAGCUGGAUCCCUACCUCACUCCAUACACCAAAAAAUUCAGUAUGAAUCAAUCACACAUAAACAUUUGAAUAAAAAAGAUACUUGAAAAAGAGGUGCUGUCUUUACAAUUACAGUAUUGGUAUAUAGAAGGCCUAUGGCCCAAAAUCCAUAAAGAGGAAAAAAAUGACUACAAAAAUUAAAAAAAGCACAUAUAAAAAGAUGAACUGGACGGGGGUGGGGGUAAAAGAAUGUAAGAGGAUGGUUUCCAUAAUAAACAAAGAGCUCUUAAGAAUUAAUAAGCAAAAAACACAUCAGGAUAAUGAGCGAAGUACAUGAACAUAAAUUUUAUCUAAACAAAAAAAAAAAAAAAUACAAAUGGCCAAUAAAUAUCAAAGGAAA